AUGUCAUCACGAACCAAAAGUAAACCUACUCCGGAACGUCGCCUCACUUCUCCAGCAGUAACUUCGUUAUCAUCGUCAACAAUUGCCGUUGGCGCCGAAGAAAUAUCCACCUCCCAAGAACCGGAUCAUAAUAUCUUAACAUCAUCGUCAUCAUCCCCCGCGGUAGUAAAUGCUGAAAUAACAAGACUUCAUAAGGAGUUAGUUGCCGCGACAAAAUCCAACAAAAUACAUUCUUCGAAAAUUUCGAGACUAGAAUCAGAGGCAAAAACCCUUCGGGCUAGUAUAACGAAGCUUACUUCCGAGAAAAAAGAGAUACAAUCAAAAAAGGAUGAAAAGAGUAAUGUGCUCUUGCAAGAGAAUAACUCGUUGAAGUCGAAAUUCAGCGCGGCGCAAAAAGAACUUGUUCGUCUACGUAGGAGAAACGAAGAGCUCGAAUCAGCAACAGGUGGUAUUAUUAAAGGUGGAAAAUCGGAAACACAAACGACAGACGUGGAAUCCUUGCGCAACGAAUUAAAACAAGUUCAAAAUGCGAAUAAAAAUCUCAAGACGGAAAUGAAGAAAUUAUCGACUGAUUAUGAACAAGCAAAACAACAGACUGAUGAAUAUAAACGACAGGUGAUGAAAAUGGAGAAAGAAUGCAAUGUGUUGAAAGAAAAUAACAAAAAAUUGACAGCGGAGAAGAAUCGAAUUGAGCGGGAACAUAAAGAUUCAAGACAACAAAUUGAUCACUUAACUUCUCGAAAUCAACAUUUGGUCCAAAAAAGUAUAAGUCUUGGUGCCGAAAAGAAUAAAUUGAAAUCAGAUUUAUAUUCACAACAGGAUGAAUACGUGCAAUUGAGACAGACAAAUAGAAAACUCGCCAGCGAGAAGAAUAGUUUAAAACGUCGAAGUGGCACAUUUAAUAUAAGGAUUGAUCCAACAGCACCAUUAACUAAAGAUUCAGUAAUAAAGAGUGACAAUAGUAGCAGUCGUACUAUAUCGGAAAUUGAAGACACAACAACGGUCAUUGAAUUGGAAAAUGCUAGAAACGAGAUUGAUGAGCUACGAAAUCAAAUCUCAAUAAUUCAAAACGAUGGUAAAACAUUAACAGAAGCAAAUCAACAACUGACCAAGGAUAAAAAUCAAUUGGAAAUCACGAUCAAAGAAUGUCAAGAAAGAAUCGAGCAACUCGUUUCUCACAAUAAACAACUUAUCGAUGAACUUGAGAAUCUAAAAGCAACGAAUCAACAAUCAGAAAUAAAUCGUAGCUCGCGUGAAGUUGAAUUAUCAGCAAAAAUGCAAGAAUUGACAACACUCAAUAGUCAGAUGCAAGAAGAAAUAUCAAAUCUUCGACAAGAUUAUGAAUCGGUGAAGGACAAUAAUACUCUUCUAAUCAGCAAAAAUGAGCAUUGGGAAAAUACAGUCACAGAAUUACGUGAACGAAUUGAACAGCUCACCUCGCGUAAUCAGCAAUUACGGGAAGAAAGUAACAAACUAACAACUCAAUACGGUGAACGUGUAAAUUAUAGUAACACACGUGAGAAACAAUUGAAUUCACGUAUCAUGGAAUUAGAACAAUUAAACAAACAACUUCUAGAUCAAAUUAAUCUCAGUAACCGAGAACGUGAUUCAUUCAAACAAAAUUAUUCGCAAUUUGAACGCGAGAUUCAUGAUUGUCGUGAAUUAAUUGAUCGAUUAUCAUCACAAAAUCAACAUCUAAUGGAUGAGUGUAAUAGUAAGUACACCACACCGCCGGGAUCAGAUUCAAGUCGUAAUGCUUCAAAUGCAAUUGUUCAAAUGUCAGGUGAUCUUUCAUUAAAAGUCACUGAAUUGCAGCAACAAAACGAGGAGCUUUCUAAGAAACUGACGGACAUGAAACGCGAGCGAGAUGAUGCGAAAGGAAAAUUGAUUGUUUGUACCGCUAAAAUGCAAGCUCAAAUUAAAGAGUUGAAGAAAGAAGCAAGUCAAUAUCGAUUCACUUUGGCAAGUCGAACUGAUCUUACCGCAGUAUGA